AUGCAGUUUUGCAACCAGAAUUAUAUUGAAUCUCGGUUUUCAAGCAAACAGACACAUCAAAGGUUGUCCGAUCGUUUACCUUUAUUGGCACAAGCUUCGGAGCAGAGAUAUAAUAACUCACACACAGAUGGCGAAUUCAUUUGCCUCUCGUCCGAUUCACGGGCUGUUGAUCCAAGCUACUCGACAGAUCAUAAAGUAAUAGAAGAUUGUAAAGAUUCUAACGACAUUUCUGAUUAUGAGGAUGGUGAAAACGAUGAUAGCGGUGGCAAUACUGAUUAUUUCGACGAGACUGAAGAAUCAGAAGCUACUUCAGAUCGUCUCACCGUUAGAAACUCUGUUUUUUUCGAUGAUACGCAGCAUUCUGAUACAUUUUCUGAGUAUGUUGUCAACGAAAGGUAUAAUUUCUCGCAAAAUUCCCCAGACAACGAAUCCACUCUACCCACUGUCCCCGAGAGUAGUGCUUGCUUUGGCGGGCCCAAUUUCACCGAGAACUGCUCUCUUGAAAGGGCCUGUGAGCAAACGAAAGCACUUACUGGUUGUGUAUCUGUUCAAAAUUGUCUAAGCGAACUACAUUGUUAUAAUCCACUGGUCAAUUAUGAUAACUUGAACAACUUUGCUGAUUAUUCUGUAGUCGAUUUAACUCACUGUCCCCCAAAGCCAAAGGCGCAUUUUGAAGUUCCCCUUGGGUGUGAUGUUUCAACACAAGAUAUUUCACAGCCUGUUGCCGAUAUAGUUUCUCACGAAUCUACCCAAAUUCAACUCUUAGAGAACUCCGCGUCAACUACUUUAAAAAGUUUUGAACAAUUAGCUCCUGGUGAAGUCACUUAUCAGCAACUUUCCAAUGGAGGC